GCUCCAGAUCCAGGUCCAGGUCCUGAUCCAGGUCCAGGUCCAGGUCCGGCUCCGCCAUGCUGAUCAAGGAGUACCGGAUCCCCAUGCCCAUGAGCGUGGAGGAGUACCGCAUCGCGCAGCUCUACAUGAUCCAGAAGAAGAGCCGGGAGGAGAGCUGCGGCGAGGGCAGCGGCGUGGAGAUCCUGGAGAACCGGCCGUACCAGGACGGGCCCGGCGGAACCGGACAGUACACCCGCAAAGUCUACCACAUCGGGAAACACAUCCCGUCCUGGUUCUGCUCCAUCCUGCCGCAGAACGCCCUGCGGGUGGAGGAGGAGUCCUGGAACGCCUACCCCUACACCCGCACCCGGUACACCUGUCCGUUUGUAGAGAAGUUCUCCAUCGACAUCGAGACGUAUUACAAACCCGACACUGGAGACCAGGGGGACGUCUUCAACCUGUCCUCAGCCGAGAAGAGACAGAGGACUGUAGACCCCAUCGACAUCGUGAAGGACUACAUCGCCCCUCAUGAGUACCUGGUGGAGGAAGACCCCCGGCUGUACCGGUCCCUGAAGACCGGGCGGGGUCCGCUGUCGGAGGACUGGAUCCAGGAGAUCCAGCGGAACCCGUCGCAGAGCGCCGUCAUGUCCGCCUACAAGCUGUGCAAGGUGGAGUUCCGGUACUGGGGCAUGCAGUCCAAGAUCGAGCGCUUCAUCCACGACGUGGGCCUGCGGAGGGUGAUGGUGCGAGCGCACCGCCAGGCGUGGUGCUGGCAGGACGAGUGGUUCGGUCUGACCAUGGAGGACAUCCGGCAGCUGGAGCUGGAGACGCAGCUGGCGCUGGCCCAGAAGAUGGCGCAGUUCAGCCAGGGCGAGGAGGCCGCCGCCGCCGCCGAGGGGCCGGAGGGGGGCGGGGCCCCCGCCGAGGCCGAGGGGGGCGGGGCCAAGCCGGAAGACCCGCUGGAGACAAGAGGAGAGCUGACCAAGCAGUGGUCCACGUCCUCCAGGUCCUCCAACCGCUCGUCCAAGAGAGGAGCCAGUCCCUCCCACCAGAGUGUCUCGGAGUGGAGGAUCCAGAGUAUUGCUCGGGAUUCUGAAGACUCGACAGACGACGAGUUCUUCGACGCUCACGAGGAUUUCUCUGAUAAUGAAGAAAUGUUCUCCAAAGAAAUCACCAAGUGGAACUCCAACGAUCUGAUGGACAAGAUGGACCCGCUGGAGGACGAGGCUUCAGAGUCCCUGGACCUGGACUCUAGUCCAGACUUCUCCUUCACGAACAACCAGGAGGCCCAGGUGGAGGACGAUUCAUCCCAGCAGUGUCCGCAGCCGUCCAGAGUCCACGUCCUCUUCCUGGUCCUGCACGGGGGAAACAUCCUGGACGCCGGCUCAGGCGAACAGAACAACAAGCAGGCCGACGUGAACACGCUGAGCGCAGCCUUCGAGACCGUGAUGAGGGUUCACUACCCCACGGCGCUGGGCCGCCUCGCCAUCAGGCUCGUCCCCUGUCCCGCCGUCUGCGUGGACGCCUUCUCGCUGGUGUCCAAUCUCAGUCCCUACAGCCACGACGCCGGCCGUCUGUCCAGCAGUCAGGACCACAUCCCGCUGGCCGCGCUGCCGCUGCUCGCCACGGCGGCGCCGCAGUACCAGGACGCCGUCUCCACCGUCAUCCUGCGGGCCAAUCAGGUGUACGCCGACUUCCUGCGGUCGGCGGAGGGCGCCGGCUUCACCGGACAGGUGUGUGUGAUCGGGGACUGUGUCGGGGGGAUCCUGGGCUUCGACGCUCUGUGCAGCAGCUCAGUGACGGCGUCCGAGAGUCAGAACAGCAGCAGACGAGGAAGCACCGUCAGUGUGCAGGACUCAGACCUGCUGUCUCCAGGGACCGUCCUCAGAGUGUGUCCGCUGGACGGCAGCCGCCCGUUGAGCCGCAGUAACGUGGACAUUCCUCGCUGCUGCGGCGACGAGACCAAGACUCCGGAACGCAAAGGCAGCGAGCCGGACGCCGUCCAGCAGGCCUUCCUGUCCAGCCUGCACUCCCGGGUUCUGCUGGGGGAGCCGGGGUCUCGGCGCUCCAGUAGCAGCACCGUGCUGGAAGGGGGCGCCGUGGGGAAGCUGGACUUCGAGGUGACGGACUUCUUCCUGUUCGGGUCCCCUCUGGGUCUGGUGCUGGCGCUCAGGAGGACCGUGGUGCCCUCUCUGGACGUGAGCUGGCCCCGCCCCUCCUGCCAGCAGCUCUUUAACCUCUUCCAUCCCGCCGACCCGUCCUCGUCUCGUCUGGAGCCGCUGCUGGACCGACGCUUCUCGCUGCUGCCGCCCUUCAGCGUCCCGCGGUACCAGCGCUUCCCGCUGGGGGACGGACAGUCAGCGCUGCUGGCGGACGCGGUCCAGACUCACCCUCAGCUCCUCACGGAGGCGGCGCUCCGCUGUCCUGAGAACGUCCCCGGCGAGACGUCCAUCCCCGUCCCCGGUGAGACGUCCAUCCCCGUCCCCGUCCUCCACUGGCCGACCGCCCGGCAGCACCUGGACGCGGACGCUCCUCACUUCUGCAUGACCGUGGACGGCCCCUGUCCGCCGUCCUCGUCCCCGGGGGUCCCUCACCUCCGCUGCUCCCGCCGAGCCAGCGAGGUCAGCAUCGCCAGCCAGGCGUCGGGAUUGGCCGACGCCUACACCGCCUCCAACAUCGCCACCAUCGCCUCCUGCUGGUGGGGCAGUAAGCGGCUGGACUACGCCCUCUACUGCCCCGACGCCCUGACCGCCUUCCCCACAGUGGCGCUGCCUCACCUCUUCCACGCCUCCUACUGGGAGUCCACAGACGUGGUGUCCUUCCUGCUGCGACAGGUGAUGAGACACGAGAGCUCCGGCGUUCUGGAGCUGGGCGGGAAGGAAGUGUCUGAGUUCACUCCGUCCAAACCUCGAGAGAAGUGGCUCCGCAAGCGGACGCACGUCAAGAUCCGGAAUGUGACUGCGAACCACCGCGUUAACGACGCCGUGUUCUCGGAGGACGGCGUCCAGGCGGUGACGGGACGCUUCGUGUACGGCCCUCUGGACAUGGUGACGCUCACCGGAGAGAAGAUCGACGUCCACAUCAUGACGCAGCCUCCGUCGGGGCCGUGGGUUCACUUCAGCACGGAGCUGACCAAUAGCAGUGGCCGCGUGUCCUACGUCCUGCCCCCGAGCCGCAGGCUGGGCCUCGGAGUGUACCCGGUCAAGAUGGUGGUCAGAGGCGACCACACCUCGGCGGACAGCUUCCUCACCAUCGUUCCCCGGGGAACUGAGUUCGUGGUGUUCAGCAUCGACGGCUCGUUCGCCGCCAGCGUCUCCAUCAUGGGGAGCGACCCCAAGGUCCGGGCAGGAGCCGUGGAUGUGGUGAGGUUCUGGCAGGACCUGGGCUACGUCAUCGUGUACGUGACGGGCCGUCCCGACAUGCAGAAGCAGCGCGUGGUGGCCUGGCUGUCGCAGCACAACUUCCCGCACGGCGUGGUGUCCUUCUGCGACGGGCUGGUCCACGACCCGCUGCGCCACAAGGCCAACUUCCUCAAGAGCCUCAUCGGCGAGGCCCACAUGAGGAUCGUGGCCGCCUACGGCUCCACCAAGGACAUCUCGGUGUACUCGUCGGUCGGUCUGCCGCCGUCACACAUCUACAUCGUGGGACGAGCCACGAAGAAGACGCAGCUGCAGUGUCAGUUCAUCCCGGACGGAUACGCGUCCCACCUGUCCCAGCUGGAGUUCAACCAGAGGUCCCGGCCCGCCAAGACCUCCGGGACCCGCAUGGUCCUCCGUAAGGGCAGCUUUGCCCUGGGUGGCGGCGGCGGCGACUUCCUCCGCAAGCGCAACCACAUCUUCCGCACCAUCUCCUCCCAGCCCGGGGGGUCCGGGUCCGGUUCUCCGGUCCCACCGGGCCGCACCGGGCGGACCCUCAGCCAGUGCGAGGUGGACCGUGACCGCAGCCCGGCAGCGGCGGCGGCGGCGCAGAGGAGCAUGAGCAUCGCGGCGGGAUGCUGGGGCCGAACCGGGAGCACCAAGGAGGGCAGCGGGGGACUGCUGGGCUCCAAAUGAGGGUCCACCU